CUCUGUUCGCAGGUGAGUGUCCCGGAAUUCCAGUACGCUCGAGGGACGGGCGCGUCCCUGAUGAUGAGGGGUAGCGACGAGCUUUUGUCGCAAAGCGGGGCAGUUAGCAAUGGUGCUGCAAUGAGUCCACAACCACAUCACGCAGCCGACAACAACAAUGACGCCAAGAAGGUUAAACUCGACAAGAGCCACAAUGGCAAACUUUCGAGGGUUAUCCACAUCAGGAACAUCCCCAACGAAGUAUCGGAGAGUGAAAUCAUCCAUCUUGGCGUCCCCUUCGGCCGUGUCACAAAUGUUCUCGUUCUCAAAGGCAAAAAUCAG